AUGGUGAGAUUUUUUCAAUAAAGUUGAAUAAGAUUUUUUGAUAUUUUCAGAAACGAGUUGCCAACGAGACCCCUACAAAACUGUUAAAUUGGAACAAUGACGGGGAAUCAACACCAACUAAAAAAUCAGCUGUUAUUCCACCUUGUGUUACUAGAUCGAGUCCAACAAAAUCAAUUAAAAAACGAAGGUUUGAAAAAUUAUUAUCUAACAUAAAACAUUGCAAAUCUAAAAUUUCAGCCCACUGAUUCCGAAAGUCAAUACUUUUGUGUUUUUCGAUCUCGAAACAACGGACAAAAUUACUGGUAAGAAAUUUUUCAUAACCGAUUCAAUUUUUUUACAAUUUUAAUCGCCGAUCAAGAUGAUUGUUAUUCAAAAUCUAUUUUUGUUUCAGAUACACCUCUAACAUCAGGAUGGGAAUCUGUAAUGGUAAAAGGACCUGAUAAAUUCACAGAUACACUUGAUAAAUUAUGUCUACAAAGUUAGUUUAUUUCAAGUGGAAUUGUAACAGAACUAGUUAAUACGGAAACUUAUUUUAGCCACUGCUGAUCAACUUCCACGAAUCACCGAAAUGAGUUUUGUUGCGAUUCCAAGAGAUAGUUUUUUGGAAUAUCAAGAAGCCUUCAAAAAUGAUGAGAAAAACGGGGUUAGUUUAACAAUAAGUAAAUAUUUAGAAUAUAAUUUUUAAAAAAAUGCAUUAAUAUAUUUAUUUUUUGAGUUCAGCGUGAACUUUAUAUUUUACAACGUAGAAUUAUUUUUCUGAUUAGUUUAUUUUUAUUUUAGAAAUUAGCAGAAUCUGUACGUUUUUGAAGUUGUUGAAAAGUAUAUAUAUUCAAUAUAUUCAGUGAUCAUCAUCAUUAUUUAAUUUUUAUCUAGGCAACAAAACUUGGUCGAUAUAUUCCAACAAAUACUCAUACACGACAAAUCAAUCCAAAUCUAACAUCUGCUGAAUGGAUACAAUAUGAAACAAGAAGACAAAGAGCUCCAAUUGUUCAUAAACAAAAAUCGAUAACAUGCAAAAAUCAGUUUGAUCGAGAAUGGCCAGCUGUUAUUGAUUUUUUAAAUUCAUUGGAGAAACCAGUGGCAAUUGGUGAGUAAGGCAAACUUUUUGAGAAAAAAUAAAUUAAAUAUUUUCAGUUGCUCAUAAUGGUAUAAAAUUUGAUUUUCGAGUGAUUUAUGGAGAAAUGGCACGAUAUAAACUUCUGGAAAAUCAUCCAAUUCCAAAAGAGAUUCUAUUCGUUGAUAGUAUUGCAAUGAUAAAACAAGUUGAACUAAAAUAUGGAGAAGAUAUGCAAUUACAUUGUAAAGAUAUUGAUUGGAUGAAAAUUGCUGAACUUGAAGCAAAAAGCAAUUCAAUUGAAGAUGAAGCAUUUUUUGCGGAAGAAUCAAAACAUGUUGUAUCUGAUAUUCAUCCAUAUGAUUUUUUGAAUAUCAAAAAUUGGAGUAUUGCUAAGAAAAAACGAAUUUCGAAAAGUUUUUUCAAAAAAAUAAACAAUUCCUGGGUUUAUUCAAUGAAUGAUGCAAAAUAUCAAAAACUUGGACUUGGUUAUUUAUUUGAGCAAUUGGUUGGUGGUCAAUUUGUGGCACAUUAUGCACAACAGGAUUGUGAAGCAUUGAUGCAAGUUUGCAUAACUUAUGCCGAAGAUUUUUGCAACUUUGUUGAUCAAAAUGCAGCCGAAUUUCCGUUUUGA